AGCUGACCUGACGACAAGAGGCGGCGACGACGACGAUGUCGACUCCUUACCACGGCAUCCCUUCCUAGCUACGUCUCCAAAUCCCUCAGCAAGCAACAGGACGGGCCCCUUUCGUGACAUAGAUACAGGCCCAACGGGCUCAAUAGCACGCUCAAAGUAGGCGUCACGUCUUACUGGCUCGACGCCACCCAUAAGCUCCUCUUCCUUCUCCACCCCUUCCAGUCGCUACGCAACCAUGUUGGCCUCAAUGCUCUCCCGCCGCAUGGCAUCCGCCACUGCAUCGUCAUCUGCCUCCUCCUCGUCAUCAUCACUGGCCCGCGUUGCGCUCUCAUCAUCAGCACGCUCCGCUCCACGCCGGGUCGCCCCGCUCUUGACUCGCCGCGGGUACGCCACCCCGACCGAAGACCCAAAGAAGCCAGGCAGCGAUGAGCAAAAGAAGGCAUCGUCAUCAGACGACGUCGGCAAGGAGAAGAAGGAGGACAAGCUGCCAGAAGUGCCACCAAAGGAGCAGCUCCAGUCGCAGCUCGGCCCCAUGUUUGGAUCAUUGGUUCACUGGGGGCUCAAGACGCAGAGAGAGAUGGCAAUGAAGGAGAGAGAAGCAAGUCAGCAGAACAGUAGCAGCUCGCAGAGUGGCGAUAGCAAGGACAAUAAGCCCUCACCUCCGCCACAGAUGGGUGGCAAUGGUGGAGCGAACAAGAAUGGCAGCACCGGCGGGGCAGGCGGCGCUGGCGGCGGCAAUGAGUUCAAGGUCAAUGGCAACGCCCUCCUCGCCACCGGUCUCACAACAUGGCUCGUAUGGAAGCUCACCUCUCCCGACCAGUCGUCUCGCGAGAUCACAUGGCAAGAAUUCCGCAACGCCUUCCUCAACCGCGGUCUCGUCGAGAAGCUCGUUGUCGUCAACCGACAGAAGGUCAAGGUCUACCUUGUCAACAACAGUGGAGGUGCGGGUCAGGCAGCAUUCUGGUUCUCUGUGGGCUCCGUAGAGGCCUUUGAGCGCAAGCUUGAGGAUGCGCAGCGUGAGCUCGGCAUCCCGUCGCACGAGCGCAUUCCCGUAUCGUACCACGAGGAGAUCUCCACUGCAAGCACUCUCCUUCAUUUCGCACCGACCAUCCUCCUCGCCGGCCUCCUCUUCUACAUGUCAAGGAGAGCGGCUGGCGCAGCAGGUGGCGGCGGUGGCGGUGGGGGCAUCUUCGGCAUCGGCAAGUCUCGCGCAAAGAUGUUCAAUCAAGAGACGGACGUCAAGAUGAAGUUCGACCAGGUAGCGGGGAUGGACGAGGCAAAGCAGGAGAUCAUGGAGUUCGUCUCCUUCCUCAAGAACCCUGAGCGCUACACCAAGCUCGGCGCCAAGAUUCCUCGCGGUGCUAUCCUCUCCGGCCCUCCCGGUACGGGUAAGACGCUUUUGGCCAAGGCUACUGCGGGUGAGGCUCAAGUGCCAUUCCUCAGCGUCUCUGGAUCCGAGUUCGUAGAGAUGUUCGUCGGAGUGGGUCCUUCGCGAGUACGAGACAUGUUUGCAACGGCGAGGAAGCACGCACCUUGCAUCAUCUUCGUCGACGAGAUCGACGCAAUCGGCAAGGCUCGAGGCAAGGGUGGACAAUUUGGCGGCAACGACGAGCGUGAGAGCACGCUCAACGAGCUCCUCGUUCAAAUGGACGGUUUCUCCACGGACGAGCACGUCGUCGUCCUCGCCGGUACCAACAGGCCCGACGUCCUCGAUCCCGCGCUCAUGCGACCAGGCCGCUUCGACCGACAGAUCGCCAUCGAUCGUCCUGACAUCUCUGGCCGCAAGGAGAUUUUCGAUGUGCACCUCAAGCCACUCAAGCUGCAAGGCGACGUAGACCGACCUCUCCUCGCCGAGAAGCUCGCUAUCUUCUCCCCUGGCUUCUCCGGCGCUGACAUUGCCAACGUGUGCAACGAGGCUGCCCUCAUUGCCGCCCGAAAAGGCUCCGAAGGCGUGAGCGAGCACCACUUUGAGCUGGCAAUCGAGCGUGUCAUCGCUGGUCUCGAGCGCAAGAGUCGCGUCCUGUCGCCCGAGGAGAAGAACAUCGUUGCCCAUCACGAGGCGGGACACGCCAUCGUUGGGUGGUAUCUUGAGCACUGCGAUCCGCUCCUCAAGGUCUCGAUCAUCCCCCGCGGUGUCGGCGCUUUGGGUUACGCGCAGUACAACCCAGUCGACAAAUUCCUCUACAGCCGCGAGGCGCUCAUCGACCGCAUGUGCAUGACCUUGGGCGGUCGUGUGAGCGAGGAGAUCUUCUUCACUUCGAUCACCACGGGUGCGCAGGAUGACUUGCAGAAAAUCACCCGCAUCGCGCAAGAGAUCUGUGCCUCGUACGGCAUGAACACGGAGCUCGGCCCAAUCUCUUACCGUCAGGAUCGCGAGUCGAUGCACAAGCCCUUCAGUGAGAAGACUGGCGAGAUGCUUGACUUUGAGGUGCGCAAGCUGGUCCAGUACGCCCACAAGAGGACUACCGAGCUGUUGACAGAGAAGAAGGAGGACGUGAAGAAGGUGGCGGAGCUGCUGCUCAAGAAGGAGGUUAUCACGCGAGAGGACAUGAGAGAUUUGCUCGGGAAGAGGCCAUUUAACAGGGCAGACGAGGCCGACGCCGUGAUCGACAAGGCCAUGCUUAAGCGCGGCCCUGUGAGUGCUCCGCCGCCGCCGCCGUCUGAGAGUGGUGGGGGCGAGGGUGAGCAGCCGGGUCUGGCCGUCAAGGGCGAAAAGCCGUCGGUGUAAAGGCGUCAAUUCAUUGGCGUCAACUCAUCAGCAUCGAUGAUCAUCCACACCUUUUUGAUGAUCGACCAGCACCACCACUUCUCCCCCCAACGCCAUGCGAGCUUAAUUGCUCCGCUCCCUAUUCUUGAAUAUGCUCCCUGUGUAAUGUACAACGACAUCUCUUAUCGUAUUGGGCCUGCGUGUGUGUCCUUUUGGGCGUGCAUCUGUCAUGUCAUAUGUGCCAUUUGAUCAGUGAUCCAUUUUAGAUCCGCUGGGUCUACUGAGCCCAGCCCGAGCCCCACUUCUCGCGAUGCUGAGCUCAA